AUGGAACGACCCUCAGCCGCCGGCGCGGCGUUCGCGCGCGUCCUCGCCGGCGACAGCGGCGCCGGCCCCGCGGCGCGCGCGAGGGCGUACGCCGGCGUCGCGAUCUGCGCGACGCGCGCGGACCCGCCGGACGUGGACGGCGCGAAGGAGAUGCUGACGGCGGCGAUCGCGGCGUGCGACGGAAAUAACUUUUCGACGCCGGAGGAUGUGACGCGCGCGACGGCGGUCGUGACGCUCGUCGAGGAGGCACUCCGGCGCGGCGUGGGCGUCAAACCGGGUUUCGGCGACGACGCCGACUCUAUCGACGCGGAGAUAAGCGCGAUUAAGGUCGCGAUCGAGGCGGCGGCGGCGAAGGGCGACGGCGGCGCCGCGGACGCGCGACGCGCCGAGCUCGCGUUGACGUAUUUUUUUCGUCGGCGCGACGGCGCCGCCGCAAUCGACGCGGCGCUGGACAUCGUCAAGAGAGGGGAUAAGAGCGCUGGGCGGGAGUUGUGCGUCGCGCUGUUCGACGCCGUGGGGGGGGAGGUCGCGGCGAAGGGAAGACGGCGGUUGGGGAACCUGUGGUUCGCGUGA